AUCCAAUUGUGUGCUUUGUAGCGCCUAUAAAUAGCCUACAAUUCCAUGCAGUUAUCAUCAACCGUUUUCAUUUCAUUCAAAAUGGCUUCAAACAGAGUUUUUAAUGUUGUUUUCUUUGUGUGGUUGGGUGUAGCCAUAUGCUCUGCUGCUAGGACGCUUACUAGCUACGAGCCGAGUGGUUAUGGCGGUGCUGGUGGCGGAGGGCAUGGUGGAGGGGGAGGAUCUGGUGGGGCCGUGGCAGAGCAUGGCGGCUAUGCUAGCGGUGGAGGGAGUGGUGUUGGAGGUGGGGCUGGUUAUGGCGGUGGCGGUGGGGAGCAUGGUGGGGGCGGUGGAGGCGGUGGGGCGGGCAAUGGUGGUGGUGGAGGUGGUGGAUAUGCUGGUGGUGGUGAGCAUGGGGUUGGGUAUGGGAGUGGGGGUGGUCAGGGAGGAGGUGGGGGUUCGGGUGGUGGUGUGAAUGGAGGUGGAGGCGGGGGAGGAGGAGGGGGAGGGGGUGGUGGUGGUGGAGGGGGAGGAGGGGGUGGUAGUGCCGGUGGGGGGCAUGCGGGUGGGUAUGGUGGUGGCGAAGGAGGUGGUGUUGGAGGUGGAUAUUCUGCGGAUGGAGGGUACGGUGGUGGGAGUGGCCACGGGGGAGGAGGUGGAGGAGGGGCUGCUGGAGGAGCGGGGGCCGGUGGUUAUGGGAGCGGUGGGGGUGCUGGUGGUGGGGCCGGAGGUGCUCAUGGUGGGGGUAUUGGGGGUGGUGAAGGAGGGGGGGCUGGCGGGGGCGGGGGAUAUGCCGGUGGGGCAGGCGGAGGAGGGUAUGGUACCGGGGGAGGUGCUGGUGGUGGUGGUGGAGGGGCUCAUGGAGGGGGUUAUGGGGGUGGUGAAGGAGGGGGGGCUGGUGGGGGCGGAGGAUAUGCCGGUGGGGCGGCUGGAGGGGGUGCGGGAGGAUAUGGUAACGGGGGAGGUGGUGGGCAUGGGGGCGGUGGUGGUGCUGGAGGAGGUUAUGCCAGUGGUGGCGAGCAUGCGGGUGGAUAUGGUGGAGGCUCUGGUAGCGGCGAAGGCGGCGGCCACGGUGGCUAUGCCCCAUAGAAGUGUGUUUUGGAUCAAGUCAUCACGGAUUAUCUAAAAAUGUGAAACUAUGGUUAUUAAUGUUCAUUUUAAAAAUUGGAAGAAAAUGUGAUUGCAUGGUAUCUGCUGCAUAUCAAAUGUAUGAUACAGUGUUGUACCUUUGAAGAUGUAUUCUGUUGUGUUAAAUAUUAAUGAAUCAAAUCGUUUCUUAAA